AUGAAGGUGCUGAGGGCCUGGCUCCUGUGCCUGCUGAUGCUGGGCCUCGCCCUGCGGGGAGCUGCAAGUCAUACCCAUCGGCACUCCAUGGAGAUCCACACCCCUGACAUCAAUCCUGCCUGGUACGCCAGUCGCGGGAUCAGGCCUGUGGGCCGCUUCGGUCGGAGGAGGGCAGCCCUGGGGGACGUCCCCAAGCCUGGCCUGCGACCCCGGCUGACCUGCUUCCCCCUGGAAGGCGGUGCUUUGUCCUCCCAGGAUGGGUGA